ACCGUUUAUGGGUUUAAAUUCUAGUGUGAUAUUUUGGUUUUUUUCUUGUGAGCGGACUUAUAUUUGUUAGCAACCAACAUCACUAACGUUUUAGUCCUGUUUCAGCCUUGCAACCUUAACUAUAUAAUUAAACUAAAACUAAAACUAUAAGGAAUGACUAUAGAUACACUUGUUUUAGAUAUUGAAGGAACUGUAUGUCCUAUAACUUUUGUUAAGGAUAGUUUAUUUCCAUACUUUGUAGAAAAAUUUCCCACGUUUAUUGAUCAACUUGAUUUCCCAUUAGAUCCUCAAUCUGAUGAUCCUAUAGUUAAGAUUUUAGAUCAAUUACCUCAUGAUAUUAAGGAGUCAUCAAUAAAUAUCAUUAAUCAUUUCAAAGAUUUGGUGGCAAAAGAUGUAAAAGAUCCUAUAUUAAAAUCAUUACAAGGAUUUAUCUGGAAAGCUGGUUAUGAGAAUGGAGAUUUAAAGGCUCCAGUAUAUGAAGAUUCUAUUAAAUUCAUUAAAGAAUAUCCUAAUAAAGCCAAAACUCAAAAAAUCUAUAUAUAUUCUUCAGGAAGUAUUAAAGCACAAAUCUUAUUGUUUGGAUAUGUUAAAGAUCCAACCACCAAUGAUAAAUCUCUUGAUUUAAAUCCUUAUUUAUCAGGAUAUUUUGAUAUUACUACAGCUGGUUAUAAAACUGAAUCUGAGUCCUAUGAUAAGAUUUUACAAGAAAUUGGGAAAUCAGAUAAUUCAAAAUCUGUAUUAUUUUUAAGUGAUAAUGUUAAUGAAGUUAAAGCUGCAAUAAAAGCAGGUAUGCAAAGUUAUAUUGUAGUUAGACCAGGUAAUGCCCCAAUUACUGAACAAGAUAAAUCAUCUUAUACAGUAAUUGAUUCAUUAGAUCAAUUACAAUUAUAAUUAUAAUUAAAUAGAAUAGAAACAUUAGCUAAUGU